UCUGCCGCACACGCGCGCGCAGGGAGGACAACAGACGAUUGAGGAAGAAGAAGAAGAAGCCGAGCUGCAUCCCGCGAGCAUGAAGAAGAGCAAGCACGGAGGACAGGGGCCACAGGACUCAGGACAUCCGGCCCCCCAGCAGCCGGAGAAGGUGGGCUGGAUCAGGAAGUUCUGCGGCCGCGGGAUCUUCAGGGAGCUGUGGAGGACUCGCUAUGUGGUCCUGAGAGGAGACCACCUGUUCAUCUCAGACAAGGAGGUGAGGGACGAGCGCAAGGCGCAGGAAGUCUUCGACCUGGCUGACUACGAGCGCUCGGAGGAGCUGAGGAAGGCGAAGAGUCGUAGCAAGAAGAACCACAGUCGCUUCACUUUGCUUCGCUGCAGGCAGCCCGGAAACACGGUUCCCAACCUGGUCUUCCUGGCCGUCAGUCCAGAGGAGAAAGAGUCAUGGGUCCACGCGCUCAAUGUGGCCAUCGUCAGGGCCAAGAACCGCGUCCUAGACCAGGUGACCAUGGAGGAGGACGUGUUGGUCCAUCCCACCAGAGACAGAGCCAAGAUCCCGCAAGGACGUCGCCUUCCCACCAGAGGACACCUCAUGACUGUGGCGUCCACAUCCUGUCACGGCUUGGUGACGCUCGACCUGGUGGCCGAGGAGGAGGGGUUCUCCUCGGAAUGUGACUCAUGGGACAACGGCUUCCGUGUGGGUUCCAGCAGCCAGGUGGCGGCGUGUCAGGUGGUCGGAGGACGUCAGCGCUCAGGCACUGAUGUGUCCAAGUUACGGGUCAGAACCAAGGAGCCCAAAGUGAAGACUGGGAGUCUGCCCAGGGGAAGUGAGCGCUCCUGGGGAAAAUAUUCCCACCUGGAAGGCUCCAAGGUGCACAAGAGCCAGCAGCUGCAGGUCCUCCAGAAUCAGUCUAGAACCCCUCAGCCCGAUAAGAGGUCCAACGUUCAGGGGCGGAGUCGCUGCGCCUCCAUGGAUGAAGUCCUCUCCUCCAGACCGGCGAUGAUCCGCUCGGAGUUGCGCUCGGCUCUUCGCCGCUGUCCUACCGAAGAGGAGGGCGGGGCUUCUGUGCAGCCGGUGGGUCAGCUGCAGAGCCUCAUAGCUCAGAGGAUGCAGCGAGCUCAGGAGCUGCUGGAGGAGAUGAGACUGCAGGAGCUGCAAAAGGCCAAAGCAGAGCGCGAGCGAGGAGGUAGCUGGUCUUUGGUGAAGAGCGUGGAGUCUCCUCGUCUUCAUCACCUCAGGGGUGCCGACUCGCCUCAUUCCAGCAGGUCGUCGGGGUCGCCGCGGAGCAGGAGCAGUGACUCGCCCCGGCUGAGAGGGAGGGAAUGUCGGCGGUCCAAAGCCCGUAAGAAAGGAUCGUCUCGCUCCAGAGGCUCUCGCUCUCCAGCCAAAGCCAACGAGUCGCCUCGCCUGAAGAAUUCCCCCAAACUUAAAGAACGCUCCAACAUGGAGGAGGCGCCCAAGCUUCUGGAAUCGCCGCCAUGCAUCCCACGCCUGGACGGUGUGGCAGCUGAUUGGCCGGCGGAGUCGUCCUCGCUCCACAGCGGAGAUGACUCAUCCUGCACCAGUCAGCCCAACUCGGAGAGCGCAUCGGAAUCACGGGACACGAGCCGGCGCCUGUCCCUGCCCCCCUCCCAGAUGAAGGAGGACGAGCUGGAGAGGAGGCGUGCGGAGGCGGAGCGCCUCCUGGUGGAGGCCAUGUCUUCCUGGCAGGAGGCGCAGGAGGUCCUCCAGGAGGUGAAGGAGCUGCAGAGCCAGACGCUGCGGCGCCAGCGCAGGAGGACCUACCAGAAGAUGACCUCCACGCCCACGUCGCCCGAUCUCACCGGUUCACCCGCAGGAGAGGACGCCACGGCGACGGCGGUGACGUCGCCCGAGGACGAGUCUCCGUGAUCCCGACUUGACCUCCUGAUGAACAUGCCACUGUUUGAGCACUGUGACGCUCAGCGCAGCUUUGAAGGCUGCAGAAGCACAACUGCACUGGACAGACGUGUCUUUCUAGCGAUUUCUAAACGUCUUUUCCAUUUUUCUACUUGACUUGACAGGGAAGACAGGAAGUGAUGUCCUCCAGUCGUGCACAUGUAGGACCAUCAGGGAGAUAAUAAGCAAUAACAACAAUAUGUCUUCUUCGUUGUCGCUCAUUGGCUGUGUCUCAAAUGGUACACUUCCAUCAGUACACUUGAAUAAGUGUACAGUUUACUCAAUUCCUGAGGGCUUGAAUUUUGACGGCGUAGUGCUGUCCCAAAUCCAUUAGUGGUCGUGCACUUACUGGAAAUGACAAUCACAACAUUUACUCUCUUCCUCAUUUUUUCUCCUAAUAGUCAAUUGCAACCACCCAAGUUAGUCCCGCCCCCUUCCGCUAUCAAGGGUGGUACGUUUCCAGCUCUGUACUUUCACAGUUUUGACCGUUUUGAGUGCUGACAGUGCACUUAGUAUGCACGUAAAAUACUAAGGCUGUGUUCCAAAUUGUGCACUUCCACACUUACUCUUUAAUAAGUAUACUGUGUAGACAGUGUAGUGCUGUCCCAAAUCCAUUAUUGUACUGUCUUUGCACACUUUCUGGAAAUGACAAUCACCAUUUUUACCCUUUUCCUCAUCUUCUGUCCUUUUUAGUAGUGAAUUGCAACCACUCAAGUUUGUCCCUCCCCCUUCUGUUAUCGACGGCAGUAGGUUUCCAGCACUCUACACUCACCAUUUUGACCCUUUUGAGUGCACUCAAUAGUAACACGCUUAUGCACUCCCAGGACUAAGGCUGUCUUCCGAAUUGUGCACUUCAACACUUAAGGUGAUUGCAGUAGUUACCAUCCACUUCUUCUCUCCUUUUUCAUUGUGAAUUGAAACCACUGGAGUUACGUCGCCGUCUGGGGCACUGCACACUCACCGACCGUUCUAGUGUACUAACAGUGCACUGCAUUUUGCCGUACUUCUCUGUGUGAACGCACUUAUGCACUUCAAGUACAGCAGGGCGCCAAUUGAGACACAUCCAUUGCUUUUUUUUUUUUUUGCUACUUCCUGUCACCCCUUUAUUGAUCGGUGAUGUCAUCAAAGACGUGCCCCAAAUUCCAAAACUGGAUUCUCUUGCAGAGCAACACAACAAUGCAACCAUUGCAGAUGACACAUCUUUAGCAAAUAAUGAAUAAAAAUAAUAUAAAUGAUUUUACAUUUAACAUUAUUAACUAACACUGGUCUUCUUCUCUUUCCUGUGCAUCUUUUCACCAACAACCAAAGUACACAACUCGUCUGAUACCAUUACGUCGCAAGAUGUUGGCACAUGAUUUCUGAUGUCACCACUAUUUUCUUGCUCCUGUUGUGUGCGCGUGUGUGUGCGCGUGUGUGAGACACGCAAAACCAUCUUUGAUCAUUUUCUCCUCUUGUUCGUGUUUGAAGUGAACAACAUGGCUGCACGUGUUUUGGUCCUGUUUGGACCACAUGCACAAUAAAUAAAUUGUCAAAGCGAA